AUGGCUACCGCCGUGUUGGCCGCAUCAACCGUUAAGAGAGGUAAGAAGGCCUCUGACUGGGACUACCAGAACAAGAAGGUUGAAGGUGUCAACUUGGGUGGCUGGUUCGUUCUUGAACCUUAUAUUACGCCGUCCCUUUUCACCGCUUUUGGUGACAAGGACGUGCCUGUUGAUGAGUAUCACUACACCAAGGCUCUUGGUAAAGAAGAGGCCAAGAAGAGAUUGAAGAAGCACUGGGACACUUGGUACCAGGAGAAAGACUUCAAGGCCAUUGCUGAUGCAGGCAUCAACACUGUCAGAAUCCCCAUUGGCUACUGGGCUUAUGGUGCUUUGGACGACGAUCCUUAUGUCCUGGGCCAAGACUACUACUUGGAAAGAGCCAUUGGCUGGGCUCGUAAACACGGUCUCGCUGUCUGGAUUGACUUGCACGGUGCUCCAGGCUCUCAGAAUGGUUUCGACAAUUCUGGUUUGAGAGACACAAUUGGCUACCAGAGUGACGAGAACAUCUCUCUUACCCUUACUGUCUUGCAAGCUAUCUUUGACAAGUAUGGUGGUACUGAUUAUGAGGAUGUCGUGAGUGCCAUUCAAUUCUUGAACGAGCCUCUCGGACCAGCUUCUGACGUGAACCAGCUCAAGAACUUCUACAGAUGGGCCUACGGUAACAUGAGAUCUGUCUCCAACAACAAUGUCGCCAUUCACGAUGCUUUCGAGCAGAGUGAGGGCUACUGGGACAGCUUCAUGAACGUCAAGGAUGGCUACUGGAAGGUUGUCUUGGACCACCACCACUACCAGGUUUUCUCUCCAGGUGAACUUGCUGCUGACAUUGACGACCACAUUGAGACUGCUUGUAAAUGGGGUCCUCAGCACAAGAAGGAGUACCACUGGAACCUUGUUGGUGAAUGGUCUGCUGCUCUUACUGACUGUGCUUUCUGGUUGAACGGUGUGGGUCGUGGUGCCCGUUGGUCUGGAGACUACGACAACUCUCCAAACUAUGGCUCCUGUGACACAUACACCAACCCUGACAAGUGGACUGACGAGCACAAGAAGAAUGUGCGUAAGUACCUUGAGGCACAGCUCGAUGCUUACUCCACUGCCAGUGGCUGGAUCUUCUGGAACUGGAAGUGUGAAGAUGCCAUUGACUGGGACUUGUCUAGAUUGAUCAAGAUUGGUGCUUUCCCACAACCAUUUGACGACAGACAGUACCCUAACCAGUGCGUGUACUAA